UGUCUGGGUUAUUACGGUGCUGGUGCUGAUGCUGCGAUGAGUCAGGCCGUGUGAUGCUGAGAUUGCUGCCAUUUCAUCAGCAUUUUCCAAACACCUCUCCAUCUUUACAACAUGGAAAAACUGGAAUAAAGCAACCAGCACGGAAGCAGGACGCUUUUCCAGACAGCAACAUUGAGAAGGAAAUCGACGCAAAACCAUUUAACCCUUUAGUCGCGUGAUUAUCGCUGCAGCGAGAGUGAGCCUUCGGGGUUUUUGGGGGGUUUGGGUUUUUUUUUUUUUAAAACGGAUGAGAGCAGGCCUUUAGAUUCCAGUUAUCUGUUUUCCAGAGAAAUAAUUUCAAAUAAGACGCUUAAUGCGAUCAUUUAAAAACAUAGAAAUAAGGAUAUGAUGUUUUGUUUUUUUGAUACCUUAUGAAAACACGACAACUACAACGACAUAAAUUGCUUGCUUUAUUUGUGUGUGUAGACCGAAAUUUAAUAUGUUGGAAGAAUCCGUGCAGUAGAUAGAUGCUGUGAUUAAGUGAGUUGUUUACUUUUUUUACAAAAAUAAAACAUCAGCAAACACCACUGGACUGGACUAAUAAUAAUAUAUUAAUAAUAAAUACAUACAUAAAAAAAACGAAUCAUUAUUAAAAUAAUUCAUCAGUGGACCAAGUAACCGAUAACUUGUGUCAGGCGAUACACGAGGCUCCGCGACCAAGGAGGCGAAAAAAUCGGUCCUGAAAAAAAAAUCAACAUUUAUAAUCUCUGUUUCAAAUUGCUGAUAUUUGCAAAAUGGAGGCCAACUGAGACAGUGUCUGUCAAAAAGCUGUGUUGCAGCCUGAAAGAUGGAGCCGGUGCGGGUGCGAUAACUGCAGCACUCAGCCUGGAAUUUCAGCCUGUUUUCGCACAAUAGAGAGCUCAGCUAGAGGCUUAUGCGUUCAGGAGGAAAACGGAGAUCUCACAGCACAGCACUGCAGUUUCAGCAGCGGCGGAGCGGAGGAAAAUAGACUGCGAGACACGGGAAACGGCGAUUACUGGAGCUAGAACACAAACUGGGAAAAAAAAAAAAAAGCUUUUUAAAUAUUCAUAUUGAUGUUUAUGUGACUCAUUCGGGAUUUCCGUUCCCCUUGCUGCUGGUGUGCCUAGAGCUCUUUUAGGAGCAGACCAAUGCGAGACGAGAAUUGCAUCGGUGUUUAUUUGUAAUUUCUGAAAAGCUAGCAAGCUGAAGAAUAGUAUAUCUGCAGCUUCGGAUUACCCCCCAAACCCGCGGAUAUCAGGGCAAUUAAUGCUUAAUGGAUUUAUAACGACGGUUUCGUUUAAUAUUGUGUUUAUUUAUUGUAUUUGUUUUCGCAAUCCACGGAGCUGCAGCCCGUUCUUGUCACUGUGGGGGUAUUAAUAUAACUGGGGAGGCUUUUAAACGACUUUCAACAAAUUAUUUCAUAAUCUUACAUUGCAGUCGAACAGGUGCGGUAUUGCCGGUUUUCAGCUCGACAUGCGCACUAUUUAAAUCACAUUCAACUGUCAUAAACUAUCAAACUAGUUCAUAAUAUCACGCUGUCGGUGUUUUUCUAAACACUGAACAGGGCACUGAACCUGUUGUGAUUCUGACGCGCAUAAUAUUAUUUUCAAGCUUUUGCUCAGUUUCAAAUACGAGGCAAACCAACAAUACAUUUAAAAAAAAAAAAAAAAAACUUUAUUUGUCAAGCCUAGUUUAAAUUCAGAAGCACCCCUCAUUUAUAAAAAGGUUGUGUGUUUAAAUUCAGAAGCACCCCUCAUUUAUAAAAAGGUUGUGUUGCUACUGCCGGACAAUACGCUACUGCAGUCAGCUCUGUGUGUGACAGAGAUCAGGCGAGAUGGAGGCGAUAUGGUUGUACCAGUUCCGGAUGAUCGUGAUUGGUGAUUCUACGGUCGGAAAGUCGUGUCUCAUUCGGCGGUUCACCGAGGGACGCUUCGCCCAGAUGUCCGACCCUACGGUCGGUGUGGAUUUCUUCUCGCGGCUGGUGGAGAUCGAGCCGGGGAAACGCAUUAAACUGCAGAUUUGGGACACUGCGGGGCAGGAGCGUUUCAGGUCCAUCACCCGCGCUUACUACCGCAACUCAGUGGGCGGGCUGCUGCUGUUCGACAUCACCAACCGGCGCUCCUUCCAGAACGUGCAUGAGUGGCUGGAGGAGGCGCGCAGCCACGUGCAGCCGCACCAGAUCGUCUUCGUGCUGGUGGGGCACAAGUGCGACCUGGACGGGCAGCGGCAGGUGAGCCGGCAGGAGGCGGAGAAGCUGGCGGGCUCCUACGGGAUGAGGUACGUGGAGACCUCGGCGCGGGACGCCAUCAACGUGGAGAAGGCCUUCACCGAGCUGACACGGGACAUCUUCGAGCUGGUCAAGCGAGGAGACAUUACCAUCCAGGAGGGCUGGGAGGGGGUCAAGAGCGGCUUCGUGCCCAACGUAGUGCACUCCUCCGAGGAGGUUAUGAAGAGUGACCGCCGCUGUCUCUGCUAAUCCCACCACAGCCACGGAGCCACAGCCAGACACGCAAGCAGGGAGGGAGGGAGCUGCCACCACAGGAGCGGGCGUUCACUGGGACCUCCCUCCCUCUUGUUUUGGAGAGAGGGAAUGAAGGCCACACAGCGCUUCUCCUUCCACACCUGGGCAAUUUGAAAUGUGGCAUUUCCCUUCUUUCUUUCUUUCGUUUGGUUGUUAUGUUUUUAUUGUUUUGCUUUUCGAAACGUCCACGGACAUUGUUGCUGUAAUGAAGAGCUCCAGCUUUUUAGGCAAUGUAUAUUAAUAUACUGUAAUCUAUGAAACAAGAAUAGCAAACAAUAAGAGCAGCUAACUUAGUGUGUCAUUGACUGACAGUGAGGGUGCUGCAUGGCCUCUGGCAUCUUCAACUGUGGCAAUCCCACGUAUACUAAAUAUAUACUAGAACCAGCAGUGCCCACAGGGAAUGCAUUGCCGUGCCAUUUCCAGCAAUUCUUCAACUAAGCAAGGCACAUUUCUUUCGGACGAUGUGGGUUGUCUUGAUUCUCAUCAUGUCAUGUAUAGUAAUAAAAAAAAAAAAAAUAUGUUUCUUACUGCACACGGUUUUUUUGUUUUUUGUUUUCCCCCAGUAACUGCUGUUUUGUUUCAAUGGUAAAAUGUAUAUUCCAGAUCAUUCGAUUGAAACAGCAGUAUGUUUUAGAAGAAAUCCUGGAAAGUGUGAGGUAAUGUGCAGUGUUUGCAAUGAUAACUGAUGGGUGCUUCUCAACAGCAGCCUGCUAGGUCUGAUUGCCCUGCUAUGCAAAGUAUCAGAGUACACCCACCUGUGCAUACAGUGCUUAGUGUGUACAGCAAGGGCUAGAGCAACUCCCCUCUAGGCUGGAAUUCAUUGCGUUUGAGCUGACUGGCAUUCUUAAUUAACAAUAUAAACAAAAACACAGUUAAUUGCACAAGGAGGUUCAAAGGUUUCCUGGCAGUGCCACUGUUAUUUAAGAGAGGACUGAAAUCAGGUUCCCACGGCACUCAAAACGUACUGUAUACCAGCACAGUGUACCGCCUCUCAAGCGUAGUGCAUCCCGCCCCUUGUGCCCUCUUAAUUAUUUUGUGCCCCCACUACUCGGGGCCAGUAAUCUUAGUGUUAUGAGGAUUUCAAAAACUACCAAAUAGCAAAAACUGACUGCAUUUAUUUAAAAUGGCAAGAAAAACACACCAGUUACCUUAAUCACAAAUUACUAUUUCAGGUCUUUUUGGCACUUUUUAAAAAGGAUAGUGGCACCAUCAGUCAAAUUGCAUCCUGCUGUUAGCUGUAGCAUUUCACAAUAGAACAAUAUAUCAGAAAUCAGCUCAUUCUAGUAAAUAAAUGCAGGGGCACCUUUGUCCUCCAGUGGCCCGUAGCCUUUUGAUCACCGCAGUCGAGCUCCUGGGUUUAAGCAGCCAGUGUGCGGUGUGAUUAGAGGACGCCCGCUGGACUUCAGUUCUCCUGAGCUGUUGUGGGGAGUUGUUGCAGUGAGGGAACAGAAUUUGACAGGUAAAAUAAUCAGACAAUUAAAAAAAGAUGUUGGUGACCACAAUCAUUUUCCAGCUGGUUCUUGCCUUGUUUCGUGCAGCUGCAACCGUGCUGUAAAUGCAUUGUCCAGGGGGUAGGGCAGUAUCUGGAAGAAUCCCCUCUACACCACCCUGCUGCCCACCCUGUGAUUCCCAGGUGUAGCUUGGACACUGUCUCUCUCGUAUUCCUGGCAUGGGCUCAGCUGCCUAUAAGCACAUUUACAAGCUGAAUGGCGUAGUUGUGUUGACCUCUGUGGUCCUGCUCAGCUGGAAGGUGACCCUCUGCACCUUAUUGUUUCUCAAGCCCCAGGGCUGAGAGGUGGUGUUGGACUGGAGACGCUGGAAAAGUGCUUACCCAAAGGGGGCCACAGCAAAUUAUUGUCUAUUUCUUUGCUGGGUUCUCUCUCUUCUGCACUAGGAGGCUGUCUAACCCACUUCUCUUACAAGCUUGCAUGGAGCUGUCCUGUUAACCCUUGCUGGAGCUUGCCUCUUUCCCCCAAGCCCUGCCACCCUCAGCAGUGAAGUGACUAAACAGUUGUGUUACAGAGCCCAGCCCACACAGUUCAUUUCAAACCAAGGGACUUCUCUUAGCGGCUUGGACUGCAUUCUGUUUUAAAGUUGGAUGGGACUGCUUUAGAAAUCCAAUACUCCCCCAUGAUAAGACUGAGACUUGCUGCUUCUGUUGCUGGGUAGCCCAGUUGCAGAGACAUUUCAAGGUGCCUUGUCUACAUCUUAAGACACGGGAAGGUAACUCCAGAUCAUGUUGGACUCUUUCUCUCCAAGUGGGUGUGACUCCCACUAAAGCACAUUCCUUCCUGGAGUUGAAGGACAGAAAAAGUACCAUCUUUGUCCUGGAAGACUCCUUUUAGAAUGGACUCUCGUAAGUAAGAAACAGGUGUGUUCUGCUUCCGAUCUGAAGCACCCAGCUCCUUUGACCCCCUCUUCUCUCUCAGUACCUUGGCUGUAAAAGUACACCAGUGGCUUCUGCAUAACUACCCCUGUAGCCCCAGGUCACCAGCUCAGUCAGUGCUUUCUAUAGUAAUAGCACCAGUAUGCUCAUUCCUAACCAGUAGAAGUGCUAAAAUGUGAAUUUUCAACUCAAGCUGUACGAUGUAUGUAGCUGUACUGGGUUAUAGAAAACAACGCCUGUACUUAGCAAGAUAAAUGUAACGUGUACUAAAACAAAAUGUGACAUGUAAAACGUUGUUUGUUUUUUUCUUUUCUUGUUAAACUGAACAAAGUGUGAUAUCUUUUAUGCUGUCUGGCUUUAUUACCCCAACCGGUCAUUGGGUCUCUGGUUCCUUGAAAUACUUCUAACAUGGUGGCUUGGGGAGAUGGGCUAUUUGUGCUAGGCAUACAGCAUCUGACAUACACACAUGCAUUGCUAUAUUUAGUAGCACUUAACCCUACUAACACUUCAGUCAGGGUAAUCAGACCAACAUAAAGUGUACAGAUUUUCAAUGGGAAAACUUGAAGUUGUUGGACCUGUCUGUGAUGACAGCUUAGGAAAGGAAUAGCAGUGUGCAAACUGGCAAGUAAAGAAGCUACAGCCUUGAUUGAUCCUGGAGCGACUCUUGUGCACUCACUGGCCAAUGUAGGUCUCCACCUACCCACCUAACAUCAGGCUGCCCCACUUAACCUUCUAGUAAGAGAUGUAUUGUUAUAUAUACAGGAGGCAUAGCACUACUCAUAGUCACUAAGUCUGACAGACUUCGCGAGAGGGCUAAUAGUGCAC